GAAAUCAGACUAACACCAUAGUUAACCGUAGACAAGACAGUAUUUUAACAUUAAAAAAUACUUUUGCGUGUAUGUUUUCAAACAACAUUGGAUAAAAUUGUAUUUGAACAGUAUCUGACACAAGUUUUGCACAUAAUGUCAUCCAUAUUUUUAGGUAAGUUUAUGUUUAGAAAUCUCUGUAUAUCAUAUAUUUAAUGGGCAGCUACAGCAGCUAUAACUCAUAUAAGAUCAUUGAUUUGAGAAGUGGUUCUGGACUUAUGUGUAAUCUGUGUGACUUGCUCUUGGAAGGUGAACGUGACGGAGAACAUGGGGGAUUUUGGUGUCACGUCAUACCUGGCUGAUGCAGAUGGAAAUGUGACUGUUGGACCUGGAACUCAUUUAUCUGCCAGUCGUUCAGCAAAGACUCCAUCCAGAUUAAAACCCACCUCAGUUACCCCACCAACCACAAAACCUGUCCCAGUUACCUCAUCACCACCAACACAUGCCUCAGUUACUCCAACAUCUACGUCCACCCCGUCCACUCCCACACCAGGUGAGGAAUCCAAAAAUAAGGCAAAGGCUGAAAAAACAACAACAUCAGUGUGUAAAGACUCUGUUAGUCUGAAAGCACCUGCUGUAGAGUUGGAGACUGUUGAAGAUGAACAUCUCACUAUCUCGGUUUCUUCACCUGCACCAGAAGAACCUGAACCUGAGGAAACUCCAGCUUCUCCUGCACAUGAAGAAUGAACCAAUGUGACAGAGAAAUAAUCCAAACUUGUGUUAUCUAUCUAUCUAUCUUAGAGGUUUAAACUGUUUGGUUGUUUUAUACUUUGAGUGAUGUUUUAAUGUACCUGCAUUAGCAUUUGGUGUGUUUUAGUACUGAGUAUGAUGAUCAUUUAGAAUAAUUAUGUAGUGGUUUAAUCAAUUACUCAAAAAAUGACACUUAUAUAAGAUGCAAAUGUAUGACAUGCAAUAAAUAAACCUUUAAAUGUAGGUUCAGGAGGAGCCUGAUCAUCCAGUCCUGUCAAUCAUUUUCAAGCGGCAUAACAAUUAAUCUCAACUAAUCGUUUGCAAAAUAAAAGUUUUUGUUUGCAUCACAUAUGUGUGUGUAUUGUUUAUUAUAAUUAUGCAUAUAUAAAUACACACACACAUUGAAGAAUUAAAAAAAAAAACGUGUAUAUUUUUACACACAUAUAUGAUGAAAACUUUUAUUCUGUAAACGAUUAGUUGAGAUUAAUUGUUAUGUAGCCCUAUAAAGCAGCUUCUUUUAGUGACUUCUUUUAGUGUGAAACUGAUUAGGCUAGUCUUACAAGUUAGUCAUCAAAUUUUUUAUUCAAGAUUGGUCAUAUUUCAAAAAAAGAGUUACACUUACCUGUCUGUUUAAUAUAAAUAAAGUUCACUUAGAUACAAAUGUUUGUAAAUCACAGUGUGUAUAUCUCUAUCAUGUUCAGGUUUGUGUGUUUUAACCCUUUAAAAAAUAACCAUAAAACAGAAUUUUUUUUUAUUUAUCUGCACAGCCAUUUACAUUUUAGUGACUAUUAUGAAUUAUUUAAAGUCAUUCUUUCAGAUGUGAGGUUUUGCAUUGUGCUCCAAGUAAUUGCUGAUUUUAAUCUGUCAUAAUUAAUUUGAAUAAUGCUAAAACUUUACAACGUUGUAUUUGUUAACAUUAGUAAUACAUUAGCUAACAAUGAACAAUACUUUAUACAGCAUCUUGGUUAAUUUUAGCAUUUACUAAAACCAAAAGCUGUAACUGUUAACAUGAGUUAAUUCACAAUAAACUA